ACCAGGACCAGCCUGCCUCACAUUGUUAACGUUGAUUUCUCCCGUUCAAAGCAGCAUUUUGUCUUCCGUGAGCCGAACCUGGAUCACAGCCUCCCACUAACCGCAUGAAAUCUCGGCUCCGUCAGGCAGCGGGACCCCCACCGGCACACGCCCGAGCAUGAGGAGGAUCGGCGGCCGUUCCCCUGCCCAGACCGGAGGCUGCUGGUAGGGAUGGUGUGGCUGUGAAGAGCCGGUGUGACGAGCCUGCGGUCGGGGGAAGAAGUGCCUGGACAACAUGACUGUUUUCAACCCGGAAAAUGUGGAGGAAUUUUAUGACAUCGGGGACGAGCUGGGGAGCGGUCAGUUUGCUGUGGUCAGAAGAUGCAGACACAGGACUACAGGUGUGGAGUUCGCCGCCAAAUUCAUCAAGAAACGGCGCAGCAAGUCGAGCCGACGAGGGGUGACGCGGGAGGACAUCGAGCGCGAGGUGAACAUCCUGAAAGAGAUCCAGCACCCGAACGUCAUCGCGCUGCACGAAGUCUUUGAAAACAAGGCCGAGGUCAUCCUGAUCCUGGAGCUGGUGGCUGGAGGCGAGCUCUUCGACUUCCUGGCAGAGAAGGAGUCCCUGAGCGAGGAGGAGGCCACGCAGUUCCUCAAGCAGAUCCUGGAUGGCGUCCACUACCUGCACUCCAAGCGGAUUGCUCACUUCGACCUCAAGCCUGAGAACAUCAUGCUGCUGAACCGCUCGGUGCCUCACCCGCGCAUCAAGAUCAUCGACUUUGGACUCGCCCACAAGAUCGACUUUGGCAACGAUUUUAAAAACAUCUUUGGAACUCCAGAGUUUGUAGCUCCUGAAGUCGUCAACUAUGAACCUCUGGGCCUGGAGGCCGACAUGUGGAGCGUCGGUGUGAUCACCUACAUCCUCCUGAGCGGAGCUUCUCCUUUCCUGGGCGACAACAAGCAGGAGACUCUGGCCAACGUAAAGCGAAUGACCAUCCAGGACAGCCUGCAGCACCCCUGGAUCAAGCCAAAGGACACUCAGCAGGCUCUGAGCAGGAAGGAGUCGGCCGUCAACAUGGAGAAGUUCAAGAAGUUUGCAGCCAGAAGAAAGUGGAAGCAAUCGGUCCGACUCAUCUCCUUAUGUAACCGCCUGUCCCGCUCCUUCCUGUCCCGGAGCAACAUCAGCGUGGCCCGCAGCGACGACACGCUGGACGAGGAAGACUCCUUUGUGAUGAAGGCCAUCAUCCACGCCAUAAAUGACGACAACGUGCCGGGUCUGCAGCAUCUCCUCGGCUCGCUGAACAACUACGACGUGAACCAGCCCAACAAGCACGGGACUCCUCCCCUGCUGAUCGCAGCCGGCUGUGGAAACAUUCAGAUCAUCGAGGUCCUGAUGAGGAAAGGAGCCGAGAUCCGGGCCCACGACAAGAGCGGAGCCAACGCCAUCUACUACGCGGCGAGACACGGCCACGUGGAGACCCUGAGGUUCCUCCAUGAGAAGAAAUGCCCCCUGGAUGUGCAAGAUAAGUCCGGCGAGACGGCGCUACACGUGGCUGCUCGCUAUGGCAACGUGGAUGUGGUGAGCUACCUGUGCAGCAUCCGAGCCAACCCGGACCUGACGGACAGGGAGCAGGAGACGCCGCUGCACUGCGCCGCCUGGCACGGCUACUCUCCGGUAGCCCGAGCUCUGUGCCAGGCUGGCUGCCACGUGGACGCCAAGAACCGCGAGGGGGAGAGCCCGCUGCUGACGGCCUCUGCCCGCGGCUUCGUGGACAUCGUGGAGUGCCUGGUGGAGCACGGAGCCGAGCUGGAAACCAGCGACAAGGAAGGACACACGGCUCUCCACCUGGCUGUGCGUCGCUGUCAGGUGGAGGUGGUCCGCUGCCUCCUCAGACACCGCUGCCAAGUGGAUCAGCAGGACCGCCACGGAAACACGCCGCUCCACAUCGCCUGCAAGGACGGAAACCUGCCCGUCGUCAUGGCGAUCUGCAAUGCUAAGGCCAGCCUCGACCUUCCCAACAAGUCCGGCAGAACUCCGCUCCACCUGGCGGCGAACAACGGGAGCCUCGAGGUCGUCCGCCAUCUCUGCCUGGCCGGAGCGAACAUCGACGCCGUCACCAACGUAAGGCACCUCUCUGUUUUACCGCUCGGACGACGUCGCUGCUCACGAAUUCUCAGUAAAACUGUGAAAUUCUUCUGGCAUCGUUCCCUCACCUCCGCCCUCGUCUCCGCCCUCGUCUCCGCCCUCAUCUCCGCCCACCUCAGCUGCACCACCUUGUCGGUGAGCAUUUCCAACCUGUACCCCGGCUGUGAGAACGUGAGCGUGAGGAGUCGCAGCAUGAUGUUCGAGCCCAGCCUGACCAAAGGCGUGCUGGAGGUCUUCUCCCCCGUGCACAGCGCUCUGUCUGCGGCUGACGAACAGGCCACCAAGGCCAUCGACAUCCAGCACGCCAACAUCCACGGCGUGGGAGAUUUCAGCGUGUGGGAGUUUUCUGGAAACCCGGUCUACUACUGCACCUACGAUUAUUUUGCGGCCAACGAUGUCACGGCGAUCCACGUGGUGCUGUUCAGCCUGGAGGAGCCGUACGAGACCCAGCUGGGCCACAUCACCUACUGGCUGAACCUGCUGAAGGCCCUCACCCUGCCACAGGAGAGCAUCUCUUUCGGUGGUCGGAUCCAGCAGCCUCUCGCGGUCGUCCUGGUGGCGACGCACGCCGACCUCGCCGACGUUCCCAGAGCGUUCUCCGGAGAGUUCAGCUACGACAAAGAGAGGGCGCUGCUCAAGGAAGUCAGGAACAGCGGACCCAACCAGCUGAUGUCGUGGCAGCAGUUUGUCAGUGACGUGCAGGAGCACAUCAACCCGCUGGUGAGCCAGGAUCACCUGCGCACGCUGGCCCUGCAGCUCCACAGCAUGGGGGAGAUCAACAUCAUGCAGAGUGAGACGGUGCAGGAUGUCGUCCUGCUGGAGCCUCGAUGGCUCUGCAGCAGCAUCCUCGGCAAGCUGCUCUCCGUGGAGACGCCCAAAGCCAUCCACCACUACAGGGGGCGCUACAGGCUGGAGGAGGUGCAGGCCCUGGCGCCUGAGAGCGACGUGGACGAGCUGCUGCAGAUCCUGGAUGCCAUGGACGUCUGCGCCCGGGACGUCACCAACCCCACCAUGGUGGAUGUUCCCGCACUCAUCAAGACAAACGGCCUCCACCGGUCCUGGACCGAAGAGGAGGAGGAGGAUUCGCUGCUCUACGGAGGCGUCCGAAUCGUCCCGGCCGAGCACCUCACUCCCUUCCCUUGCGGCCUCUUCCACAAGCUGCAGGUGAACCUGUGUCGCUGGAGCCACCAGCAGAAGCCCGAGGAGGACGGCGCCGACGACAACGAUGGAGAUAUUCACCUGUGGACCAACGGCGCCAAAGUGAGCCAGGCAGGAGUGGAGGCCAUGAUCCUCCUGGUCAACCACGGGCAGGGUGUUGAGAUUCAGAUCCGUGGACAUGGUUCUGAGCGGGCCAAGUGCUACACCCUGCUGGACACCCUCUGCAGUAUAACAGAGAACCUGCUGGCCUCCACGCUGCCCGGACAGCUCACCGCCAAAUACUACCUGAGCCCUCAGCAGCUGCGGGAACACCACGCCCCCAUCAUGGUCUACCAACCCAAAGACUUCUUCCGGGCUCAAGUCCAGCGAGAGAACUCGCUCACCAACACCAUGGGCGGCUAUCGGGAGAGCUUCGGCAGCAUCCUGGCGUUCGGCUGCGCUGAAAUUUACCAUUUUGGUCUCCAGUUGGACUUUAAAGUCUCCUGGACUCAGACAGUCGAAGUCAAACCUCAGCUUCACCAUCACAGCUGCUGUUUUCAGAUCGCUGUUCAGACCUUUGCACGUGUGCAGCUGUGA